GUGUCGCAGCUGCCCGGAAUCGCCGGUGGCCCCAGGGCCGCCGGAAGCCGGCCUGGAUUUCCCAGUGCCGCCAGAGGCGCCGCCGCCCUGGCCCCUGAGGCUGGCCAGCGCAGGCGCGGGGGCCGGCGGCGGCGCGGCCCGCGGCGCACAGCCCGAGCCCGCGGGGCUGCGCCUGCACGGGCGCAACGGCCAGACGUCGCCGUCGCUGUCGUCCCCGACGCUCGCCUCGCCGCUGCCGUCCUCGCCCCUGCCGCGCAGCAGGCAUCUCUGCGCCCCGGACAGGCUCCUGGAGGCCGCCUGGCUUCUCCACGGGGCGGAGCGCGAUGAGGCUGGGCGUGGCGGGCCGCUCGACAGCUCCCCAGAGGCGGCGCUCACACCGCUGGCCGUCGCGGGCGGCGGCGGCUUCGGCCGCCGCGAGCCACCUCAGGCUGGUGCGGCGCGGAGGAGCCUCUUCGAGUGGCCCACCGCGGUGGGCGGCAGCGACGCUGGCGGGCCGCCGGGCGUGCCGGCAGCGGGCUGCGGCGGCUGCAGCGGCCGGCCGCCGGGUGCGCCAGCAGCGGCCGCCGCGGAAGGCGGCGGCUGCCCCCGCGGCCCUCCUUCCGCUGCCGGGCUGGGCGGCGCCGCGGCCCCCGAAUUCGGUGCAGGCCACCACGAGGCCUCGGAGGCUAAUGCUAGGGUCGUGCGAUCCCUCUCGUCUGCGUGGUGCCCGCGGCCAGAGCGCGAGGGGGCGGGCUGGGCGGCCGCGGCGGCCUGCGAGCUGGCCGAGCUCCCGCCGCACCGGCUGCUGUGGUCACCGCAGCCGCCCGGACGGGCGCUGCGGCCGCCGCCGCCGGCUCACCACAGGGUGGCAGGGCCGCCGGAGCCGUCGGCGGUCGGAGGCCGCCCGCUGCCGUCGCAGCCGCGCUCGCGGCAGCCCCAGCAGCUGCAUCCGCAGGUCGCUGCGACGAUCGCCGACAGCUGCGCCAGCCCCUCCUGCUGCAGCAGCCUCGUCGGCGGCAGCCAACUGAGCUUCGUGCUGCAGCCGCAGUGGCCGCCGCCAGCGCAGCCGGCCGAGCAGCCGCCCUGGUCUUCGCCUCCGCCUCAGCCUCGCCGCUGCAGCUGCAGCCGCAGUCCGCGCUGCAGCUGUCACGGCCCUGGCGGCAGGACCAAGAGCCGCUCUGCUGUCAGAAGCAGCGCCCACUGGUCACGCUCUGUGCAGAGGUUUGCUGGUGGGAACACGCCGCCCUCGUCACCCCUUCGAUCCAACGACCCCCUGCUCCGCUUUCCUGCGGUGGGUUUCGC